AUCUCGCGCACGAUAUCAUUUGUUCUGCACGGGCGGACGGUACACUUUCCCUCAUAACGUUCCGCUCUAGUUAGUCCACGGCAAAAAUCCGCUUCGCCGUUGCAUCAGUUAUGCGAAACCUGCCCGCCACGCGAAAGGAAUUGCCAUUUUGCACAAUGAUUGCUCGGAAGAACGGAUAACGGUCAUCGCGGUUGAUAAAGCGCCACAGGUAGAAACGUAAGCCAUCACCAGAUGGCACAUCACCCCAGGGGCAGCAGGUGUACAGGGCUGAGCUGAUUGGUGGUGACACUUCAUGGCCAGCAGUGGGCCCUUGGGCGAGGAGGAGGGAACCCGAUGGGGUGGCUGGGGAGGAGAGGAGGAUGAGGAUGCAGGCAGCGACAUCACCAUGGACAGCACAGCCACGAGCCUGGUGGGCUGCCGGCCGCGCAACGGCUCACUCAGCUCCGAGGCCCCCUCCGAGGCUGUCCCUGACAAGUACGGCUUCCUGGGUGGAUCGCAGUACACUCAGCCCAAUCUGUCACGUCGUGUACCCGUCGAAGUCCAGUGGAAGCGCGAGCUAAAGUGGAGAGACAUGCUGGAGAAUUGGGAACGUUACAUGACCAAGCAUUUUAAGAAGGUGAGAGAUAGAUGUCGCAAAGGCAUCCCAUCAUCAAUGCGCUCCGUUGCCUGGCAGAACCUAUGUGGAGGCCGGUUCCUGAUGGAGAGCUAUCCUGGGAAGUUUACGGAGCUGGACAAACACCCAGGUGACCCACGAUGGGUGGAUGACAUCCGUAAAGACCUGCAUCGACAAUUUCCGCAGCACGAAAUGUUUGUGAAGGACCAUGGCCAUGGGCAGGAAGACCUCUUCCGAAUACUGAAGGCCUACUCGGUGCUGAACCCUGCAGUAGGCUACUGCCAGGGCCAAGCACCUAUCGCAGCCGUCCUGCUCAUGCACAUGCCGGCGGAGCACGCCUUCUGGUGUCUUGUGGCCAUCUGUGACAAGUACCUGCGAGGGUACUACAGCCCUGGACUGGAUGCCGUCCAGCUGGAUGGAGAAAUAUUGUUUGCACUACUCAAAAAGGUUUCGCCCUCCACACAUCGUCAUUUAAAAAAGCAGCGUGUGGACCCCAUCAUGUACAUGACAGAAUGGUUCAUGUGCGCCUACAGCCGCACCUUGCCUUGGGCUACGGUGCUCCGCGUGUGGGACGUUUUUCUCUGCGAAGGCGUGAAGGUGCUUUUCAAGGUUGCUCUGGUGCUUCUGCGAGGUGUGCUUGGAGGAGGAGACGUUGGCAAGCGCUACCCAGCCAUGUUUGAGACGUUGGAGGCCCUGCGAUCUCUGCCCGGGCCACUUGUUCAGGAGGACUAUCUCGUCACACAGUUUGUUCAGCUAGAUGUCACCAGCCACGACAUGAUGAAGGAGCACCAGCGACAGAUUGCCAAGCGGCGGCUUGCGCAGCUCUCCAAAGUGAAAACCUAGCAGAGGGGUAUGGGACAGCCGUUAGCUCAGCAGCUACCUGUUGGUACAUAGAAGCCAACAGCAACUCUGUCUAGAGAGAGAGAGAGAGAGCUAGGCUUCUUCUGAGAAACAUAAUCCUGCUUAAAAAAAAAAAAGUGUAUGGCAAUGUUGCCAAAGGCAGUCUUAGGCUCCUCAUGACAAGCGGAAUUGCGUGAAGGGUGUUGCUUCAGUGUUAAGUCAUGUUCUAACCUUCACUGGUGAAAAGCACUAUUCUACUCAAGGCGUCUUUUUGGGGGGGGGUAUCCAGCCUCGAUCAGUCACUUUCGGGGAUGCUUUCACUUUUACGUGGUGUAACACCCAGCGUGAUGCCUCACUGAAGUGCUGGGAAUCUUGUCAAUGCACUUGGAAACUACGCAAUGUGAGAAUAAUGCAGAUUGGAGGUAUGGCAUACCUUUGGUCACAUCCACGUCAACUGGCUAAGUCAAUCAGGGUGCGCUGAUAGGGAUAUCCCUAAGAAUUAUCUACGGAGAAUGCAGACUCGGUUGUCUCCCAGCUGUAUGUGAUGGAUGGCAGCAUACAGAAAUUUUUUGCAUAGUAGAAACAAAUGCUGACACUUUGUGGUGAUGUAACACUGUAGAGGAUGUUUGGCUAUAGCCUUUAUGACGAUUGGAGGCAAUGUGAGGAGAUCGUACUGUAGUGGCACACAGCAGUGCACUCUAAUGAGAGAGGUUUAGCAUACCGCUUCUGUGCCAUCACUACUGUUUUAGUGAUCUCCCAGUUUUGCACAUGCUAGCUUAGCCACACCUGGUGCUUAGUGCACCAGGUGGCUUAGCUACGUUGCACAUGCAAAGAUGCUCGAGCAAGCCCAAGUCUCUUGACCUAUUGUAGUUUAGCUAGGUAUAUACAAUUUCGGCAGAUAGCCGAAGCAGUAGUGCUAAAGUAGAGUGGAAGUGGUAUGCUGAAAUUCUGUGUUGAAGCCACCAAGAGCCCGUAACUAUGGUAAAGGACAUCACCAUACAAAGUCUGCCUGGGGUAGUUUCUCGCUAAGAAGCCUCCGGCAAUAUAAUCCCAAGGAGCUUUUUCAACUGUGCCUGGCUUUGACUCAGAACUUGUCAGUAGUAAACUUUAGCAUACGCUAAGAUCAUUUGUGAACUUUCAUGCAUGACAUUCGUGAGAUAUUCAACAAUUCAUAGCUUGAUACUGAUUACUGACAUCAGUUGAACACCAUAAUCGAGGCACAAACAUUGCUAGGUGGGCCUCCUCACCGACAAUCCAGCAGCUCGCUAGUCUAGUCAUAAAAGUCUUAUAAAGUCAUAUAAACAGUAUCGUUUUUUGGCUGAAGUUCCCAAGUAGGAUAAAUUGUAAACUGUACCACUGUGUCUGCCUGACAUUCUUAACCUUGACUUCAGGCAUGAGGCCGCUGCUUGGUGCAAGUUGUAAUCUGUAGUCCGUCGGAAAUAUCCGUGAGGAUACAUAUGCUCAUUGUCCACAUUGCUACCUGAUGGCUUAAACAGCGGACCAUGGUACCUAUGAUGGUGGGAGCAUUGUGGCACAAUGUUUCUUACAUACCCUACUUUCACACAUGUAACCCACCUCCUCAUAUAAGCUACACAGCCCAUUAGAGCUCUCAGGAAAGGUUUAAAAAAUUCCGUUCAAGUAAUGACUUGAACAUCAUUCUAACUGUUAUAAGAGCAAUUCAAUACCAUUGCUGGCACCAGGAAAAGCCAUCACUUGUGCCCUCUGUUGAAGGCACGGUUUGGCUUCACAGCAAUGCAGAGCAUAUUUGUGCAAAUUUUGCCUUCAAAUGUAAGUUCACGGCAGUGCUCGCAGCAUUGACGUGAAAUAGCUCGUGAAGGCAACAUUUGAGUAUUACCUUGGACCUGUACUUUCUUCUUCAAUUUCUCAAGCUUUUGGUCUAUGUUAUAUGCACGCAGAUAUGGUAACUUUCAUGUCAAUGUUCACAACUAGACGCUUGUUAGCUGUGCGCUAUAACUGCCUUUCUGGAACACUGGAUAAUUUCAAGCUGCUUAACGUGUUGUGGUGGAUCAAUGUUGCAACAUUGUUGCACUCACUUAGCCUCACCUUUCUCUCUGGACAAAGUUGGCUUUGGCAGAUGUGGUAGUGUUGUCAAAAAAUUAUGAACCAUGCUGAAGCGACUUCUGCAAUAGCUGAAGUACUGUGAACCACUGUGAAGGGACCAACUCUUCCACAGCCUUUCGCUAUAGCACCCUUGUAAGAGGGCAGCAAUACAGGAGAUAAAUGUUAAUACAACCACGCUAGUUAGUGUUGAAGACUGCUUGCUUGUAUGUGGAUGUAGAUGACAGUAAUAUAGCUGAAAAUCUGUUCUAUUCUUUUUUUCUUUACUUCAUCUACAGUAGGUUGACAGCAGCCUAUCUUUCUGACAUUUUUGUAGGGUUGUCCAAUUGAACACAGAUUUCAGUCAUAGAAAGCCCUCUGUUUGAUGAAAUGGGAAUGUCCACGUGAUGAGGAUGGAACACAUCCUAAAUGUGUAACGAUGUUCGGGCAAACUUCUUUUCCUUGUCAGUGUGGAUGGUAGUUCAGUCACAUUAAUCUAACUGAUGCACACAGACAGUUGCACUACUAUGACCAACAAAAAUACCUAUAUUGAUUACCGAGUUUUUGGUAAUUGGUAUUACAGAGUCUGCAGAGGGACUGCGUUUGUGUUUCACCUGAAGUUCAAAUUCAUUUCAUUCUUCUGCAGCACUGUUGUUGGCAGCAGCGUUUCUCAUCAUGUUCUAUUAGUGUUACUUGUGUUGCUGCGAAUUGGUGCUGUUUUCUGGAACCAUCAUUUACCUGAGAACUUCCACUUGAAGGAUGCUUAGAUUGGCUAAAGAAUGUGGGCCCAUUCUGGCCGUUCCUGGCUCACUUAAAGUGGACCAACACCUACAUCAACCGUGGCACCAGACAAGUGAACGUGGGACACACCAGCACACAGCAAUGAACAAUAACAAAGCGUGUUUAUUGGCACUCCUUUAAAUGCCUAAGAACUUCCAGAGAACCUGCACCCUCUGGUACUGGUUGAAAGAAAUGCAAAAAUGUGAGGUGUUCACCUACUUCCUGAAUGCCUGAGUGAAUUUUUUAACCAGAAGCACAGUUGCAAGUUUUCGCGCGUGUCUUGUGUUAGCAUUCUCUCACAUCAUCUUGGUUAUCACUCACUAGGUAGCCCACUCACAUGAAAAGCUGUCGGGUUGUACCGAAAACUGGCUGACACAGUAUCCUUCAUCAGCAGAUGCCUUUUACUGCAGUUAGGGUAUUGCAGCAGAGUUAGCAUAAUAUGGAAGUGCCACCAAAAGUGAUUGUUUCAGAAUACAAGACCUGCAGUCGGCACAUGGCAGCUAUAAAUAUAUUGCAUGUAGAAGGGCCGGUGUCUAUGAUGAGUACAGCGUGCGUCAAAUUACGGUGCACCAAGCAUGGGGACAUUGGGCGAGUUAUUUUUGAGUCAAAUUGACAACCUUGUUUGUGACUUGUGCUUAAAGGGACGCUGAAGGGUGACAGUUAAAUUAGCUUAGGCUGGUAGGCUAUGUUUUCAAAAUUCUAUUUGUUGUUCUGUGGUGGAAAAGGGUAGAUUUAUUAAUCAGGAAAACAAAGGCCAAGUUUUUUACUUAUUUGUUUAAUGUCAGGCCCAAUUUGCGUCACCACUCUUCGCAAUGCUAAUCUCUAAUCUUGAUAAAUUUGGGCCACUUUUAUGUGGGAAUGUUUUCAGAAAGUUUCUAAAGUGAGUCAUUGUGAAUCAAUUUUACCGAAAGUGAUUUUUUUUUUGUGUGUGGCUUAUUUUCAAACUUCACUCCAUCAAAAACGCUUUUAAAGCUUUUUCACCCAAAUACUUCGUUUAUUAAGCUUGAAAACACUGCACCACUGUCGAGCCUAGUCAGUGUUGUCUUCGCUUUCUGUAUUAUCACUUUCGAUAGAAGAAGUGACCAGGAGACUGUCACCGUCCUCCUCAUUCGAAGAACACCCUAGUACAUCGCUUUCACUCUCAACUUUAACUGUCACAGUUAUACAGGGGCUUUCUUUCACACUUGCGUAUGAGCUGUCAGUGGCAGACACCAUCGCUCCAAAUUUGCCAAAAGGCACAAAAAGUGUGCGAUUCCAAACAAGCGGCCUUUGAGUGCUGACAAAGUGGUGCUGUUAGUGGAAAACAGAGACUGCAAUAAACGUGCCCCUUCAGCGCUGAUGAAAUGGCUGCCAUCUAAGUUGUAGAACACAAAGUCUGAAUAAACACGAUCUUCAAAGCACUGAAUUGGUGCUGAUAUCUAUGUAGUAAAACCCACAGACAAAAAAAAAAGAGAGAGAGAGAAAUAACCACAAAUCUUAAAUGUUGGCUCUGCAGACGUCUGUGUAGUAUAAGAAAAGCUGAGAAUGUGCUUGACAAGCUCAGCUCGUCCAAAGCAAAAUUAACCAGAAUCGUGUUGACGAGCUGCCAAGAUCUAUGACAUCGCAAGCUCUUGGUUCAGAAACGCCAAGGCACUGUUUCCACCAAUAUUUCAUGUCUGCGUCAUUUCUGGCUUAUCAAGCCACAAAUUAUGCAUGGUGUAAAACUGACCUAUAUUUGGUAUUUAAAGAAAUGUAGUCUACUUAUCUCAGCUUGGGUUUAUAUUCCCCUUCGGUUUCCCUUUAACAAUUCAGUUCAGCAUGGUUCACUCGUUGAUUAAAAGUCAGCCUCUGAGCAACUGGCCUGAUGCACUGCUUUGCACAUUCAUUAGUGUACAGUCUUUUGUGAGAAAGUAACAAGAUUACUUUGGCGGCUGGGUCUUGCUGUGUGGUCACUUCAUUGUUGGGUCUGCAGGAGUGCUUGUUAUGCCUAGACACUUAGCAGUUAUAAGCUAGAUAUACCUAGGCAGAGACUGUCUGCGCUGUAUUGGGGGAGAACGAGAAAGUGGCUCAUUGAUUAUCUAUUGAAUACUGAUCACUUUUAUCAAGAAUGAGAAAUCUAUUGUCACCACUUCAUCCUAAAGGAGUGUGCUCUUCAAGAAUGAGGUUAGUUUCGUUUUUUUAAUAAACUAAGUAGCUGCAUUCUCGAGCGUGAAGUAUGUCUGUUAGUUUAGCUCUGAAUUACUUUUUCAGCAUGUGCUUGAUGUAAAGCCUGUUUCACAUGGUGCGCCUUUCCCAAGGAAAAUUUGACGCAUGUUUUACUGUUCAUAUGGUACUGUGCAAACUCUCUCAAGUGACUGUUCGCAAGUGCCAUUUUUCGUGCCUGAGGAGGAAAUUAUUUUUAGACUAUCUUGCGUUGGGUAGCACAAACUCAAUACAACAUAAUGAAAUUUAAAACACUUCAUAACAUAGCUUGUUUACUGUUCUUUUUUGCCUUCUUAUUUCUCUUUAUUUUUAUUUUUGUUCUGAUAGCUUAUAAUCUAUGGCACAGUAGUGUUUCCUGUAGCCUCAUGUAGUGAUGUUCUUUAACCAUACGUGAUGCCUUGUACAUUAGGGGAGGGGGGCAGGGGUAGUAAAAUUAGGUGAGCAGAUUAUGCUAAACCGAGACAAACCUCUUCAUUCCUAAGCUUGGAUAUCUGUUGCUGUUAUGUGGUGCUAAUUUCCAUGCUAAUUUCUAUACUGUGCGCAGUAAACUUCAACAUAAGUGACGGCUUGUCUGUUUCAAAGCAACGCAAAGCUUUACUCACUUCUGUAUGCACCAUGAAUGUUUAUUAGUAUACGCGCAAUUGAAGUUGCAGCAUAAGUAGAGUUAUGGCAUAAGUUGCAGCGUAUGUUGAAUAGCAGCAAAAUUUGAGCUAUAGCAUAAGCUUAACAGUGCGAAAUCACAUACACUCGUGAAUUACAAACCAGUUAGCCAUGGAUUAGCGAGAUAUUCACACAAUGUGAAACAGGUUUGCAUGAGUACCUUAUCUUUUGUAUUGUAUAGAUUUGUGCGAGGGCCACACCUACAACUUGGCAGCCCAAAAUUUUGGAAAAACUAUCAACUGAGAAGCAGUCAUAUUUCGUGUGCUGCUACUAGAUGGUACCUAGUACCUCUGAUGCAAUGCUACAUCCAGGGAUCCAGGGUGUGCACAAGUGAAAGCUGCGCCGGCACCAUUUUGACCGUAAGGUUCAGUCCCGUAUAAGGGCCUGAAAUUGUGAGAAAAAAAAAGUGCGGCCCUUGCGCGAGUCUAUACGGUAGAUCAGAUACGAUGAUAUGAACGUCUGUAAUUAGAUACGGAGUACUAAAGGAGUGAUUUGGGGUUUGGGACGUGUUGCAAGGCAGCAUCAUUUCUUUUCAAUGCCUGUCUGACUAGCAAACUUUGCUGGCAUUGCUGUUCUCACAUCACAAAUUGCAGUAGGUAUAGGCAGCUUUCUUGGCAGAUGCCAAGGCCUGUCAAGCCUCAACCUUUCUGCGCACAGUUUGGGAGGAUAGAUUGCACUGUUGAGUGUUCUCCUAUAUGCUGCCGUUUUGGUCUCUUUCACAGAAGUGGAGGGCACAUUAGUUUGCACAUUUUCUGUGCAAAAUGUGUGUUUAUCUUAGUUGUUGACUACAGUUUGUUUUCAAAUGAGUGAACAAGCAUUAUCAAAGCAGCACUCGUGACCAGUGAAUGAUCCGUGCUGACUGACUCAUUAGCAAGCCGGCCCCCAUUUUUUUAAGCAGUAAGAGUUCUUCACUCUGUUUUGAUAUUAAGAAUCAACUUGCCAUCAUGCAUUGCUUCUUUUUUCUUUUUCUUUUUUGUAAUAUGCAGUCGAUACACGAGUCUUGUUGUGUCUAGCUCUUGGCUUGCAGAUGCAAUGUUUUAAAGGAUUCAUUAUCGAUGUGGGGAGUGGGGCUUUUAAGUUAUUAAGUGUAUGUGUGCUGUUAUGACACUUUUUUAUGUUCUGUUUGCUGUUUGUGCAGAUUUGUUCGACGGUCUGUAGCAAAGAUCUCUGUUGUUUCAUGCUUUGCUUUCACCCACUGGUUUUGUAAUACUUUGUUUACCAUGGCACCUUUGUUAUUCUUAUAUUUUAUUCUGUUUUCAGUUCUUGUUUUCAGAAUGUUUACAUUGUUUUGCUUUUCACUCUUUCUCUUCUUGUCGUACAUUUCAACAGUGCAAAUUUAUCAUGUCAUAUCACAACUCUCGCUUAUUGAUGUUUCCGAGCUUUUGUUACUGUUGCAACCAGCCGCAGGACGUAUUUAUGUGCAUGUUACAUGGUACGCUUGUCGUGGUUUGCGGGUCCAGAAGUAGCCAGCUGUUAUUUACCUUCCUAGAACACACGCAGUUUGUUUAUUUAUUUACUGUCUACACUCCUUGUAACUUAGUCAUUUAAAUUACUGGGGAAAACAGUCUUGUACAAGAACCUAUUUUAAGUGUUUUAUGGUGAUGGUGUCCGCAUGGACAGUAGAGUUUCUGACAUGUUUCUGGAGACUUGCUGCUAUGCGCUAAGCUUAUGUAAUGCCCAUUUUUGUUUUGUUUUGUAUAUUUGUCUUGUAACAGCUGUUCUUCUGGCAUUCUCUCUAAUGCUUGAUUCAUUUCUUCUUGGCAUCACGUAAACUGUUGCUCUUCUUUAAGGUGCUAGACAUUAAGCUAUUGCUUCAGUGACUCUCCAGUGAUGCUUGUAUUUUGGCCACAACCGCAAAGAACAACUAGUAAUUGUGCACCAAUUUUCUUUAGUGCUUCUCUCUCUCUACAUUCCAUUCACUCUGCUUCGCUUUUGCAAUUUAGAGUACAACCUCAUUGACCUUUUGUAGAUCUUAGGUGCCACAAAAACACAAUUUGCACUCGAUGUUUCACCACAUUGCUGUUUCCUUCUGCUGCAUAUGUAAGCAAGGGUCUUGGUAUAUAGCAGAAGUAUUUAUGCCACAACCCACGUUAUCUACUCUAGAUGAACCUAAACUGCACCUUCCUGUUCGAGUUAUCAUAACUGUCGCGCUAGCUUUCAGUGAAUGCCUGCUCGGAUUCAUGGUACAAUCAUCAGAUGUUUGAAUGGCAAGAGCAAUAUGGCGUGUUACAAAGACAGUAAUACUGCAUAUUUAUAUGUAAGACUGGCAGCAUGGCUUACAGCAAUGAAGUAACUGCAGCCUUUCUUUCCCCUAUGAUUCGGUGUAGAACAUUGAUUUAAUGAAGUUGUACCUAGAGCUAAAAUUAUAAAAAGUUUUUUGUGUGUGUUGCAUUUGAAUUGAGGCCUUCAGUGUUCAUGGUGUGGUGAAACCUUUUUUAUCACGCACAACAGGAUCACAUAGAGCAUUUUUUUAGCACACCCAAAUGUUCCACGGCCACUUUUUUAGACUACAUGUGCUGUCACAUCAUGUCUCGACGAGCAUGCAAAGAAAAUGACAACCUUGCAAUCACACUAGUCACCGUUCACUGGAAAACAGCAUCUUGGCGAAAGCAAUGCGCAAUAGGCAUGAAACUACGAAAUAUGUGCAUUGAAAUUUCUGCUUUAUGUAAAACAAUUUUCAAAAUGUUCUAAAAUUUUGAUUUAACAGUCUAUAAAUUUGAUACUAGGACCUUUGAAAAGCUUGUUUAUGCAGUGCACAAUACAUAUUUGUCAGAUUUGGAAACUUCUGUAAAUAGAGCUUACAGAUUUGUGUUGUUCUUGUUGUGGAGUGGUGUGGUUGGCAAAUUGCGUGGUUACAUUUUUCAGAACUUGACUAAUUUUUUGGCAAUGUUGCUAAUAAAAAUUCAGGCUUUAAAUCAAAAUUCCGCAUCCAACAGUCGGUAGAAUCUACCUUGCACUCUUUAAUGAAACAAAUUUAACUCGGGUCAGUUCGGUGGCUUUCGUAAAAGGAGGUUGUGUGUUUCACAUGUAUUUGAACAGGAAAAAAAUUGCAGUUGGGUUCAAGCUAAUGCUUUUGGGUUGCUUAGAUAAAAUGUGGUUGGAAUUACGAUGCAGUUAUUCUGCGGCUCUUUUUUAAAUAUGCGCACUGUGUGCAGGUGGUUGUGACUGUGCAGCUCUUAAUUGUGCAGCAUGGCAUUGAACCGCUCAUAAAACAGCAUGGGCUUUGAAACAUUUGCCUAACGUUUUCAAAUUAGGAACUUUACCUUCGCUUCAUUAGGUGUUAAUUGCUCAUCUGAAGUCUCCAAAACAUGGAUAUAUUUGACGUAUGCCUAGUCACAAUGGCAGUUAGAGCUUGCCUGCUUCUGUGAACAUAAACAUAAGACACUUCACCAGCCAUCACAAGAUAGUGAAGUACUGCAUUUUCUCGAGUUUAACCACCCCACGAAUUACAGUACCCCUUCUUUCCAAUGCCAACAAGACUUGGGGUAAAAGGGUCAGAAAAGAAUACAUGCCACUGUUUCACAUACCUUGAAUUUAAGCGCCCUUUUUCCCACUUGAUCAUGAAGACAUGAAAAAAAAUGGAGGAGGGGAGGGGUUAUAUUUGAGUAAAUACAGUAUUUGAAUGUGUACGUCACACAUGGCAGCAAUGGGCGUAGGACACCAGAUCAAGUGGUACAACUCCCAUACCUUGCAGGACUUUUGCGAUGGUUUAAAAAAACCGAAUUGUUAGCCUUGCAUUCAAGUCUGGCUACCCUGGCUGUAGAAAUCUAAAACAGUCAUUCAUAUAAUGAAAGGCUAGAUGUACUAUCUGUUCCCAAAAUGCGUAGCCCAGCAUGACUGUCACCAUGAUAGCCACAAGUCAUCGUUAUGAUGGUAUUUUUGUUGCUGGCACUCACUUCAAAAGUCCAAUGGAGGCCACUCUACUGCUAUCACAUAAACCCAGUGACAGAAGAAAUAGAUUCACCGAAGCCCUCCCAUUGGCGUCACAAAGGGGUCUUUCUUUCUUAGAACAGAUGGUACAUCUUGACAGAUAGUACCAGAGUAGGCCGAUACGCACCAUACUCAAUUACAUUGCGGGUGUGUAUAUUGUAGAACAUAUCAGAAUGUGGGUAGGGAGGGGAACAGUCCUGCACAUAAAGUGCCACCACGUUUCACGUGACCGCCCAUACGUUAUGUACGCUUGACAAUGAGACACACAUAUCGAGUCAUUUUCUCUGGCUGAUAAUUUGCAUGUGUGCAAAUGCCUUGUAAAGCCAUUUCUGCAGAGUAUUAUUUUUGUGACCUGGACUGCCUGCUUGGAACGGUACAGGCUGUUGCACAUUGUACAGAGUCUAGUGCACCGAGUAUUUUUGUAUGUAGAUGCCUCCCCUUUUUGAGUCCACGUUAGAUUCAUGUGCCUCCUGUUAUGUUGCAAUGGUGGCAGUAAAGCUUUUUUAUUUGUCCUAUC